CAUAUAAUAUGUAUAAAUUACGGUCGACCGAAACUUUCUCGCCUGCUCCCCCAAAAGACAUGAAUUUUUAGAUCUCCAUCCCAAUCCCCACAUCGGCUCUGAUGGCGAGAAUAAGGGCAGCGGCGGCAGUGGUGGGGGUGCUGGUGGCGCUGGGAGCGGCGCUGUUGGUGGCGGCGGCGGAGGAGGAGGGGCAGAAAGCGCCAUGGAGGAUUCACACGCUGUUCUCGGUGGAAUGCGAAGACUACUUCGACUGGCAGACGGUUGGGCUGGUCCACAGCUUCCGCAAAGCUCGCCAGCCGGGCCCCAUAACCCGCCUCCUCAGCUGCACCGACGAGCAGCUCCGCCAGUACCGGGGAAUGGGCCUUGCCCCCACCUUCAAGGUUCCCUCCAUGAGCCGGCACCCCAAGACCGGCGAUUGGUACCCUGCUAUCAAUAAGCCAGCAGGGAUUGUUCAUUGGCUUAAACAUAGCAAAGAUUCAAAUGAUGUUGAUUGGGUUGUAAUCUUAGAUGCAGAUAUGAUCAUUCGAGGUCCUAUAAUUCCUUGGGAACUUGGCGCAGAGAAAGGCAAACCAGUUGCAGCAUAUUAUGGUUAUUUAAGGGGAUGCAAUAAUAUUCUUGCAAAAUUGCACACAAAGCAUCCAGAAUUAUGUGACAAGGUUGGUGGGCUUUUAGCUAUGCAUAUUGAUGAUUUAAGGGCAUUAGCACCUAUGUGGCUUUCAAAGACAGAAGAAGUACGGGAGGAUCGGGCCCAUUGGGGAACCAAUAUAACAGGUGACAUUUAUGGCAAGGGUUGGAUCAGUGAGAUGUAUGGAUAUUCAUUUGGUGCUGCAGAAGUAGGCCUUCACCACAAGAUAAAUGAUGAUUUGAUGAUCUAUCCAGGUUAUAUUCCAAGACCUGGUACUGAGCCAAUUCUCAUGCACUAUGGCCUACCAUUUCAAGUUGGGACAUGGUCUUUCAGUAAGUUAGAGCAUCAUGAGGAUCCCAUUGUCUAUGAUUGCAACCGUCUUUUCGCUUCACCCCCUUAUCCUAGAGAGGUUGAGAUGAUGGAAUCUGAUCCGAACAAAAGGCGGGGCUUAUUUUUGAGCAUAGAAUGCAUUAACACUUUGAAUGAAGGUCUUCUGUUGCACCAUGCAUCAAUGGGGUGUCCCAAGCCAAAGUGGUCAAAGUACUUAAGUUUUUUAAGAAGUAAGAGAUUUUCAGAGCUUACCAAGCCAAAGCUCCUAAAUCAACAUCAGAUGCACCAUGAGAUAAUUGAGCCAAAACAACUCUCAGAUGAAUCAGGAAGGGCACACCCAAAAAUUCAUACCCUUUUCUCCACUGAAUGUUCACCGUAUUUUGAUUGGCAAACAGUAGGCCUUAUCCAUAGCUUUCAUUUGAGCGGUCAGCCUGGUAAUAUCACACGCCUUCUCAGUUGUACUGACGAAGACUUGAAGCGGUACAAGGGCCAUGACCUGGCUCCCACACAUUAUGUUCCAUCAAUGAGCCGACAUCCACUGACAGGGGAUUGGUAUCCAGCUAUCAAUAAACCUGCAGCUGUUCUUCACUGGGUUAACCAUGUGGAGACCGAUGCAGAGUUCAUAGUUAUUUUGGAUGCUGAUAUGAUAAUGAGGGGUCCCAUUACACCAUGGGAGUAUGGUGUACAACGUGGCCAUCCUGUUUCAACUCCCUAUGAAUACCUUAUUGGAUGUGACAAUGAGCUUGCAAAGAUACAUACUCGCAAUCCCUCAACUUGUGACAAGGUUGGCGGAGUCAUAAUAAUGCACAUAGAUGACCUGAGGAAGUUUGCUUUACUGUGGCUGCACAAGACGGAGGAGGUUAGAGCUGACAAAGCUCAUUAUGCAACAAAUUUCACUGGUGACAUAUAUGCAGCUGGUUGGAUUAGUGAGAUGUAUGGUUACUCCUUUGGUGCAGCUGAGUUAAAUUUAAGGCAUAUUGUAAAGCGGGACAUAUUAAUAUAUCCAGGUUACGUCCCAGAACCAGGAGUCAAAUACAAGGUGUUCCAUUAUGGGCUGAGAUUUGAUGUUGGGAACUGGAGUUUUGACAAGGCUGAUUGGAGGGAUGUUGACAUGGUAAACACAUGCUGGGCUAAGUUUCCUGAACCUCCUGAUCCUUCUACUCUUUCCAAGGAAGAUGAAAAUAUCCUUCAAAGGGAUCUCCUUAGUAUUGAAUGCGGAAAAGCACUGAACAGGGCUCUCUAUCUGCACCAUAAGCGAAGGAAUUGUCCUCCUUCAAAUGCUAUUGGUAAUUCAAAUCAAUUAAUAGGAGAUGAGGGCAUAUCAUUUAGACAAAGACAUGAAGGGAACAAUGAGAACUUGCAUAUAACAAGAAAAAUCCCUGUUCCAUUCGUUGGAUCAAAUAUGUCAUCUAUAUAUAGGUCAAAUAAUGGUGGUAAGUCUCUAAGGAUUUGGAUGGUUGGACUUUGGGCUUUUUCAGUGUUAGGCUUCUUAGCUGUGAUCUCCAUGGUCCUUUCAACCCAUAAAGGGGAAGCUUCAAAGAGGGCCAGAAACAAAAAAACUUAUGCUGGAGUUUCAGAUACUGGUGGAAAUUCUCAUAAGUUUCAUGAUAAGCACAUCUAUGAUGUUGAAAUAGCUUCUGACGAUUGAAAUCUUGGAUAAUGAUCGUGUAACCUAUACAACACAUGGUGUCCAGCCAGAUUUAUGGCAUAAAUGGCUCAGGAAAGAUUAUCACAUGAAGAAGGGAGAAUGACUAGAUCAGUUGAACUGCGAGAUCUAUGUAUAAUCAUUUCAAGGUUAGAGGAAGCUAAGCUCUUCACCCUGAAAGAUUUGUUGCUGAAUAUUUUGCUGUAUAUGGAGAGUUGAUUUCAUUUAAGAUUUGGACAAUUUCCACUUUUGUCACGCAAUUUGGUCCUCAUCAUUUUUCUAAAGAUCUCAGCAGUUGAUUUUGGUUAUUAGCUAUGAGUCAGCCAGUUUUGACUUUAUUUUAGUCCUUAGAUACAUUACUGGUUGUGCCUGCUUUGCACAUAUAUUUUCAAGGGUUACAUUGUAUUGUAGCAGGAAGCGGAAGCAUAAAUAUACAUGGUAUAUGUGUGACUGCAAAUUUGCAUCUCAUCUGUCCAUCUUAACCAAGAAAACUCCAUCCACUGUUGAUCUACUUCCAGUAUGUCAACUUUUUUUUCAGAAAGUUCUUUAUUAUAUGUGAUGUAAGCGCUGCAAAGACAAACUGUUGCUGCAGUUGUAUUUUCUGUCUUUUUUUCCUUGCUUAAUGUAAAACAUGCACCACUGAGUCAUUUUAAUGUAUAUGAAUGUAAAACAUGUAUCAAUGUUGUUCCACAUUGCUGCC